UUAAAGCCAUUUUAAAGCGAAGUUAAGGCCAAAGUUUUCUGCCGCGCCGCCUUCGGAAGUCGCAGGUCGAAAAGUGCUCAAACGAGAUUUCCACUUGAAAUUCCUGAAUUUCGUUUGUCUGCGCGAAUCGGCAACGAAACGAAUCGAAUCGAAUUGAAUCACCAGAAAUCGCAGCUCGAAAAGCGCAAAAGUCGAAUUUAAAAUUGCGGCACCAGGUUUUCCAUUUCCUUUCCGUCUGCAAAGUGCCGAAAGUCAGUGUCUUUGUGUGUCAGUGUGAUUGUUCUUUGUCUCUGUGUGGGUGAAUUACGAAUUUGGAUUAGCGGUGUGUUCGCCUGAUUAAAACGAUGCGCUCAGCAGGUCGCUGCGAUGCCCCCGAGCUGCUGCUGCUGCCGGCGAUGCUGAUGAUGAUGAAGUUGCUGCCGCUCUCGGUCCGUUUUAGCUGCUGACAGCCAAGUGCAGUAUCCGCAAGAUACCAGAUAGCAUUUGGAGGAGAGAUACCCGAAACAAAGGAAAGGAAAAGUGCAUUUCCUGCUACCUAACUUGGUGUUCUACCUACGACGCCCGGUCUCCGAUUCUACCUACGAUUGCGGGAGGGAGUUACAAAGAAGAAGAAAGAGAGUAACUCGCCACUCGCUACUCGUUACUUUUCGACCGCUCGCCGUUACAAGACAUCAUCUGCCGCUCACUUCGGUCAAGAAGCGCGUUCGCGACGGCUGCAAAAGAGCGUACCGCGUACCGCCGUAGGAAAAGCGGAGUUUUCCCCGCCUUCGAGCAAAAAGGAUUUACAGUGAAAACCAGUGAAGUGAAAGUGCCAUCAUCAAUCCUUUUUUUUCCCCCGACCCCUUCGAAAUAUUUACCCAGUGGUGAUUGCUGUUGACAAAGUGGAUUGGCAUUCGGGGGACACUUUCAAUUAGGCACGUUGCCGCUGCUUCAUAAAUGUGCCACAAUGGCCACGCCGUCCAGGACGACGUCGUCGAUGCCACCACCCUUCCGGGUACUGAUACCCUUCCUGAUCCUGCUGCUCCUGCGCCAUGAUGCGCUCGUCGUCCACGCGGAACCCUAUUCCGGUGGCUUCGGCAGCUCAGCGGUGUCCAGCGGCGGGCUGGGGUCAGUGGGCAUCCACAUACCCGGCGGCGGAGUGGGCGUCAUCACGGAGGCAAGGUGCCCCAGGGUCUGCUCCUGCACGGGAUUAAAUGUGGACUGUUCGCACCGAGGACUCACCGCCGUGCCCAGGAAAAUCUCAGCGGACGUGGAGCGACUCGAGUUGCAGGGCAAUAAUUUGACCGUGAUAUACGAGACGGAUUUCCAGCGACUGACCAAGUUGCGAAUGCUCCAACUAACGGACAAUCAGAUCCACACGAUCGAGAGGAACUCCUUUCAAGAUUUGGUCUCUCUAGAGCGACUACGCCUAAACAACAAUCGACUAAAGGCAAUUCCUGAAAACUUAGUGACAAGUUCAGCGAGUCUUUUGCGAUUGGACAUCUCCAACAAUGUCAUCGUCACGGUGGGAAGACGCGUCUUCAAGGGAGCCCAGUCGCUGCGGAGUCUUCAGCUGGACAACAACCAGAUCACCUGUCUGGAUGAGCACGCCUUCAAGGGACUGGUGGAGCUGGAGAUACUCACGCUGAACAACAACAACCUGACAUCCCUGCCGCACAACAUCUUCGGCGGACUGGGACGUCUGCGGGCACUCCGGCUGUCGGACAAUCCGUUCGCCUGCGACUGCCAUCUGUCCUGGCUGUCCCGCUUCCUCCGCAGCGCCACCCGCCUGGCGCCCUACACCCGCUGCCAGUCGCCGUCGCAGCUGAAGGGCCAAAACGUGGCGGACCUGCACGACCAGGAGUUCAAAUGCUCGGGUCUGACGGAGCACGCACCCAUGGAAUGCGGGGCGGAGAACAGCUGUCCGCACCCCUGUCGCUGUGCGGACGGGAUCGUCGAUUGCCGUGAGAAGAGUCUGACCAGUGUGCCCGUCACUCUGCCCGACGACACCACCGAGCUCCGCCUCGAGCAGAACUUCAUUACGGAACUGCCGCCGAAAUCGUUCUCCAGCUUUCGACGAUUGCGACGCAUCGACCUGUCCAACAACAACAUAUCCCGGAUUGCCCACGAUGCCCUAAGCGGCCUAAAGCAGUUAACCACUCUCGUGCUGUACGGCAAUAAAAUAAAGGAUUUACCCUCGGGCGUGUUCAAAGGACUCGGCUCGCUGCAGCUGCUCCUGCUGAACGCCAACGAGAUCUCGUGCAUACGCAAGGAUGCCUUCCGCGACCUGCACAGUUUGAGCCUGCUCUCCCUGUACGACAACAACAUCCAGUCGCUGGCUAAUGGCACAUUCGACGCCAUGAAGAGCAUCAAAACGGUACAUCUGGCCAAGAAUCCUUUCAUCUGCGACUGCAAUCUGCGCUGGCUGGCCGACUAUUUGCACAAGAAUCCCAUAGAGACGAGUGGAGCCCGCUGCGAGUCACCGAAGCGGAUGCAUCGUCGUCGGAUUGAAUCGCUGCGCGAGGAGAAAUUCAAAUGCUCCUGGGAUGAAUUGCGGAUGAAGCUGUCCGGCGAGUGCCGCAUGGACUCCGACUGUCCGGCGAUGUGCCAUUGCGAGGGAACCACCGUGGAUUGCACUGGGCGGGGACUGAAGGAGAUUCCGCGCGACAUUCCCCUGCACACAACUGAGCUUUUGCUCAACGACAACGAACUGGGACGCAUCAGCUCCGAUGGCCUCUUUGGUCGCCUGCCGCACUUGGUCAAGCUGGAGCUGAAGCGCAACCAGCUGACCGGCAUCGAGCCAAAUGCCUUCGAGGGAGCCUCCCACAUCCAGGAGCUGCAGCUGGGCGAGAACAAGAUCAAGGAGAUCUCGAACAAGAUGUUCCUGGGACUGCACCAACUGAAGACGCUCAAUCUGUACGACAAUCAAAUCUCAUGCGUUAUGCCCGGUUCCUUUGAGCAUCUCAACUCGCUGACGUCGCUGAACCUCGCCUCGAAUCCAUUCAAUUGCAAUUGUCAUUUGGCCUGGUUCGCCGAAUGGCUGCGCAAAAAAUCGCUGAACGGCGGAGCGGCACGUUGUGGAGCCCCGUCGAAGGUACGUGACGUGCAGAUCAAGGACCUGCCCCACUCGGAAUUCAAGUGCAGCAGCGAGAACAGCGAGGGCUGCCUGGGCGACGGCUACUGUCCGCCAUCCUGCACCUGCACCGGCACCGUGGUCCGCUGUUCGCGCAAUCAGCUCAAGGAGAUACCGCGCGGCAUUCCCGCCGAGACAUCGGAGCUCUAUCUGGAGUCCAAUGAGAUUGAGCAGAUUCACUACGAACGCAUUCGCCACCUGCGCUCCCUCACCAGACUCGAUCUCAGCAACAACCAGAUCACCAUUCUCUCCAACUUCACCUUCGCCAAUCUGACCAAGCUGUCCACGCUCAUCAUCUCGUACAACAAGCUGCAGUGUCUGCAGCGGCAUGCGUUGUCUGGCCUGAAUAACCUGCGCGUGCUCUCGCUGCACGGGAACCGCAUCUCGAUGCUGCCGGAGGGCUCCUUCGAGGACCUCAAGUCGUUGACCCACAUAGCUCUGGGCAGCAAUCCCUUGUACUGUGACUGCGGACUGAAAUGGUUCUCCGACUGGAUCAAGCUGGACUACGUGGAGCCGGGAAUCGCUCGCUGCGCCGAGCCAGAACAGAUGAAGGACAAGCUGAUCCUGUCGACGCCCUCGUCGAGCUUCGUCUGCCGCGGCCGCGUGCGCAACGACAUCCUGGCCAAGUGCAAUGCCUGCUUCGAGCAGCCUUGCCAGAAUCAGGCGCAGUGCGUCGCCCUUCCCCAGCGGGAGUACCAGUGCCUCUGCCAGCCGGGCUACCAUGGCAAGCACUGCGAGUUCAUGAUCGACGCCUGCUACGGGAAUCCGUGCCGCAACAAUGCCACCUGCACGGUGCUGGAGGAGGGCAGGUUUAGCUGCCAGUGUGCCCCGGGCUACACGGGUGCCCGCUGUGAGACGAACAUCGACGAUUGUCUGGGCGAGAUCAAGUGCCAGAACAAUGCCACCUGCAUCGAUGGAGUGGAGUCGUACAAGUGCGAAUGCCAGCCAGGAUUCAGUGGCGAGUUCUGCGACACCAAGAUCCAGUUCUGCAGUCCCGAGUUCAACCCGUGUGCGAAUGGAGCCAAGUGCAUGGACCACUUCACCCACUACAGCUGCGACUGCCAGGCGGGAUUCCAUGGGACCAAUUGCACGGACAACAUUGACGAUUGCCAGAAUCAUAUGUGCCAGAAUGGAGGAACCUGUGUGGAUGGGAUCAACGACUACCAAUGUCGCUGCGCGGAUGACUACACGGGCAAGUACUGCGAGGGCCACAACAUGAUCUCGAUGAUGUACCCGCAGACGUCGCCCUGCCAGAACCACGAGUGCAAGCACGGCGUCUGCUUUCAGCCGAAUGCCCAGGGCAGCGACUACCUGUGCCGCUGUCAUCCGGGAUACACUGGCAAGUGGUGCGAGUACCUCACCAGCAUCAGCUUCGUGCACAAUAACUCUUUCGUGGAACUGGAACCGCUACGUACUCGUCCGGAGGCGAACGUAACGAUUGUAUUUAGCAGCGCGGAGCAGAACGGAAUACUCAUGUACGACGGACAGGAUGCUCAUCUCGCCGUGGAGCUGUUUAAUGGACGUAUACGCGUCAGCUACGAUGUGGGUAAUCACCCUGUGUCCACGAUGUACAGCUUCGAGAUGGUUGCGGAUGGAAAGUACCACGCCGUGGAGCUUUUAGCCAUCAAGAAGAACUUUACGCUGCGCGUGGAUCGCGGAUUGGCGCGGUCCAUCAUCAACGAGGGCUCCAAUGACUAUCUGAAGUUGACAACACCCAUGUUCCUGGGCGGCCUGCCCAUGGAUCCCGCCCAGCAGGCCUACAAGAACUGGCAGAUCCGCAAUUUGACCAGUUUCAAGGGCUGCAUGAAGGAGGUGUGGAUCAACCACAAGCUGGUGGACUUUGGCAAUGCCCAGCGUCAGCAGAAGAUUACCCCGGGAUGUGCGCUGCUCGAGGGAGAGCAGCAGGAGGAGGAGGACGACGAGCAGGACUUUAUGGACGAAACGCCGCACAUCAAAGAGGAGCCAGUUGAUCCCUGCUUAGAAAACAAGUGCCGUCGGGGCAGCCGCUGUGUGCCGAACUCGAACUCCAGGGACGGUUACCAGUGCAAGUGCAAGCACGGCCAGCGCGGCCGCUACUGCGAUCAAGGUGAGGGCAGCACAGAGCCCCCAACAGUCACCGCGGCGUCCACCUGUCGCAAGGAGCAGGUGCGCGAGUACUACACGGAGAACGACUGCCGCUCGAGGCAGCCGUUGAAGUACGCCAAGUGCGUGGGCGGCUGCGGCAAUCAGUGCUGCGCGGCCAAGAUUGUGAGGAGGCGCAAGGUGCGCAUGGUGUGCAGCAACAACCGCAAGUACAUCAAGAACUUGGACAUCGUGCGCAAGUGCGGAUGCACCAAGAAAUGCUACUGACUGAAAGAUGCGACUACCCAAUUGCUCGAGCGGAGCAAUAGCAGCUUAGAUGUUAGUUUAGGAACAGGUUUAAAUUUAACUUAUAGUAGUAGUAAUAGUACCGAUAGUCUUAGCCAUAGCACUAGGGAUAGCACGGAAGUUGGGGGUUUGAAGGAUGAAGUGGAGGAGAAAACUGAGGAGGAGGAGGAGGGGCGGAACGACGGGGAGGAGGAUUACCCCACGGAUGGCAUGCAGUCCGAUCUCUACGACGACUCCAUCGACGAAGAUGACGACGAUGAUGGUCUCGAUGAUGAUUAUGCGGAUGAGGAGGAUGAUCCCGAUUCCGAUUCCCAUCCCGAGCAGCUGCCCGAUCCCAAGGGUCUCGUAAGCGUGCCGGAGGAGGAGGAGGAUAUGGGCUACGACGAGGACGACGAGCGGAUCGCCAUGGAGCGGCCAAGAACGGUGAGGCCGCGGCCCGAUGAGGAGCACUUUGUGAACGAAGAGGGCAGCGGCUUCGGCGGCUUCCGGUCGCGAUUCCGGCCGAGCAGCAGCUUCCGCGAGAGCCAGCUGGCGGACAUCCGGAAGAAGCUGCUCACCGAAUCGCAGGCCUCGCCCGAACUCCCAGUUGCGGUGGCCGUGCCGAGCACUGCGAUCGAUCUGCGCGAGAGCAGCGGCCACUUUGCCAACGAUGACGAGGAUGGCGAGGACGGCGAUGACGGCGUCGAUGACGAGUUCGCCGACACGGGCGAGAACCAGGGGCGCGGCUUCUUUGGCUCCCAGCAGCAGCAGCGGAAGAGCGGUCCGUAUCAUCGCAAGAACGGCAACGAUGCCAUCAAGAUCAUCUCCACGCCGCUGGGCAAGGUGAGCAUUGUGUACCAGCAGACGGAAAAGGACUCAACAGCCGACCAGGACUCGCAGCAGCAGCAGCAAAAGAAGCCGACGCUCACCGACUUCGAUGCCCUGUCGCCGGAUCCCGAGAGCAGUCAUCGCUUUCCCUCGCCCCACCCCAAGAUUACGCCUGUUCUGACGCCCGAUGGCAAGGUGGCGCUGCUCUACCGCGGAGACUCGGAGAGCUCCAAGUACGAGCCCAUUCGCAACAUGACGCACAAGUUUGUUGGUCAGCCGGCAAAGGAGGCAAAAGUCAAAGCGGAAGACUCCUCCUCCGCGGAGGACUCUGUCUACACGGACAGCGAGGAUGCGGAGGAGGGCAAAGGAGAGGCGGGAAAGCCCUCUCCGAUAGCCAGUACGCCCAAGCCGCUGCAGCCGGAGAUUCUGGAGCCCCCAGACAACGUUCAACCGGGCGGAUCCUUCAUAAUCCGACCCACCUCCGACUCCCUGCUGCCCAUGAUCAACCGGCCGCUGUCCGAGGUGCUGGGCAUCAAGAAGAACCAGUUCCAGGAGACGCGGGUGCGCGACCAGCUGCCCACGCAGGAGCCUCCACCGCCGCUGCCCGAGGCUGCCACGUCCCGCAGUCCCGCCUCCGGACAUCAGUUUCUCGCCAAGGUCAACCUGGCCGAGUUCCCGACGUCCGGAAGAACGCUGAAUACGCCGCUGAUCCCGGGCAGCCACGACUUUGACUUCAGCCGUGACAACACGAUGCUGGACGAGAGGUCGCGGGUGCGCGAGCUGGAGAAGCAGCGGGAGCGGGACAAGGAGCACAACGAGGCCACCAGCAAGGGAGCCACCGAGGCGCACACCAUUGCCAACGAGCAGCUGUUGUCCAAGACGGAGGUCAUCAAUCUGGCCAUUGUGCCGCAGUUCGACGAGGAUAUGGAGCGACUGCAGCGGCUGCAGGAGACGGGCGGCGGCGGUCGGCGGCACCACAGGGCGCGCCAUCGCCACCGCCAGCAGUCCGAGGAGGAGCUGUCGGGCAUCCACUGCAUCAUGCAGGUCAUGAUGGGCGUGGCCGCCGUCUCGACGGUCUUCGGCAUGCUGGGCACCUUCUUCAAGCAGCGCAUCCUCGAUCAGCUGCGCAUGAUGCACUGGUAGUACAAUACGGGGGAUUCGAUGUCCCGAAUCGAAUGCCCCUUCAUUUCCCUACCCGAUCCUCCUGAUCAUGAUCAUCAGAAGCCUCUUCUACUGCUAGCGCUCAUAUACUCGUAUAUAUACUCGUACAUAUGCCAUAUAUUAAUCGCAUAAUCUAUGUAACACAGCGGCAUCGAUUUGCUUUCGUCCCCUUCCGCUUUAUAUAUCUUUAUAUAUCUUAUCCUUCGGCAAUUCCCUUGCUAACACAUGUAUUCUAUAUAUUCGCAUAUAUCAAUUUACUAGUGCAAGCUACCCAGGCGAUGUACAUAAUAACUGAACCAUAAUACGGAGAUCGAACGAUCUGGAUACGGAUAUCUAUGUAUAUGCAACUGUAGCCCCUGCCAAGUCCCCAAAGUUCCUUCUUUCGCACCUUCUUGUGCCCUGUAGAACAUUCACCAAUCAUUCGACCCAUCAGCGUAAACAAGCUUUAAGCAAGUCAUUGCAUGUGCCACGCCCCCUCGAAGUUCUGAACGCCCCCUCCCCGCAGAAAAUACAUUCCCCCAGCCUCCACCUCAACCUCCAACCCCUCCAGCAACCAUCAUCCGUCGAGGAACUCGGAAAUUGGACGUAGAACAGAUUCCUUUUGUAGAUAGAAAACGAAACAGUUGUUGGGAGAUAUAACCAGAAGGUCACAUGACACGAACGAAAUAAAUAAUGAUAAACUAAAGCUAAAGUUAUAAACAAAAAAACAGUAAAAUCGCACAGAAGCACACGGAUUACAAAAUACAAACCUGCAAGGGUCGUUUUAAACGCGCCGCUUGUUCAGGGGUCUCAAAGAAACGAGUAAACGAUAAUAACGUGCAUAACGAAAACCUUCUUUAGUCUAAGUUGCUCAAAGGAAAGUAUUUUGAUAGAACCAGAAAAGGAACGAGAAAAAGA